CAACCAAGAAGAAGCAGCUCGCGAGUCAGCCGUUCAGCCUGUCGCUCUGCUCGGUGGCGUAAACAUGACGAUGUUGUCGUCCUCUAUGAUCUUCUUCGUGCAGCUGCACUAAAACUCGGUCCAGUGAUUAGGACAUUACCCGGGAUAUUGGGUCAAACGUUGUCUGUAAGGAACUACUACUGCACCCACUGCAAUGCCUCUAAUGUUUCUGGAGAGGUUUCCGUGGCCCAGUUUGCAGACUUACACAGUAUUGAGUGUGGCUUUACUCGCUGGGAGCAUCUUCAGUGCCUACCCUACGGUGACAGACCCCGGCUUUGGGGCCUUGGAACCGGACGAUACACCUGCUCCCUCCCACGUCGAUCUUGAACACCUAAGCAAUGCUGUCAGUAACUCAGAACUGGCAACAACGAUCCUGUGGUAUCUUGUGACCGACAGUCUGUUUGUGUGGGUGUUGGUGAAUACAUUCUGCUGCUCCUUGAUGCUAAUUGCAAAAAUGAUUCAGUAUGUGGUCUUUGGACCUCUACGAGUCAGUGAGAAGCAGCAUCUCAAAGACAAAUUUUGGAACUUUAUCUUCUACAAAUUCAUUUUCAUCUUUGGAGUCUUGAAUGUGCAAACCGUUGAGGAGGUGGUCAUGUGGUGCUUGUGGUUCUCAGCUCUGGUUUUUCUCCAUCUCAUGGUGCAGCUUUGCAAAGACCGCUUUGAAUAUCUGUCUUUCUCCCCCUCCACUCCUAUGAGCAGCCACGUGAGAGUGCUUUGUCUGCUGGUCUCCCUGCUCUUGGACUGCUGUGGCCUGGCUGUGGUCUGUGGCUUCUUAGGGGCUUCACAUGGCAUGCACACCCUCUCCUUUAUGGCAGCAGAGUGUUUAUUAGUGACUGUGCGGACUGGACAUGUCAUUAUGCGUUACUCCAUCCAUCUGUGGGAUUUGAAUCAUCCAGGGACCUGGGAGAGCAAAGGCACUUAUGUCUACUACACUGACUUCAUAAUGGAAUUGGCUAUGCUGUUUCUUGACCUCAUGCACCACAUCCACAUGCUGCUUUUUGGUAACAUCUGGUUGUCCAUGGCAAGCUUGGUUAUCUUUAUGCAGCUGCGAUACCUUUUCCAUGAGGUCCAGCGGCGUGUUCGCCGCCACAAGAAUUACCUUCGUGUCAUCAACAACAUGGAGGCCAGAUUUGCUGUUGCUACAGCUGAAGAGCUAGCGGCCAAUGAUGAUGAUUGCGCCAUCUGCUGGGAUGCCAUGCUAACAGCACGCAAACUACCUUGCGGUCAUCUCUUUCAUAACUCCUGUUUGCGCUCGUGGCUGGAGCAGGACACGUCGUGUCCUACGUGUCGAACGUCGCUGAAUAUCAGCGGCGAUGGAAGUCAGGUGAGAAAUCAGCAGCCAGGGGUGGGUUUGGAAGACAAUAUCGGCCCAGUUGGAGCUGCUCCAGACGCUCGGCCGCACAUCAACCAGCACAAUCACUUCUUCCACUUUGAUGGAUCUCGCAUUGCGAGCUGGCUGCCCAGUUUUUCAGUGGAAGUAAUGCACACCACCAACCUUCUGGGCAUGGCUCCACCAAACAAUUCCCAGCUUAUGGCCAUGACGCAUCAGAUUCAGGAGAUGUUUCCUCAGGUGCCCUCGUAUCUUGUAAUGCAGGACCUUCAACUGACUCGCUCUGUGGAAGUCACAACAGACAACAUUCUGGAGGGACGCAUACAGGUGCCCUUCCCCACACAGGCCAUAGAGCAUUCACCCACAAAUGAAGAGCAAGCAGGUCCCAGUGGAGCAUCUGAACAGAACGCCAACGAGUCGGACAACAUUGAGGCCAGAGGGGGUCGUUUCUCAAAGUCAGCUGACGAGAGACAGAAGAUGCUCAUGCUGAGGAAAGAGGAGAUGCUCCAGCAUGCACGCAGGAGAUAUUUGAACAAGUGUCCAGAGAAUCAGGACGAGGACUUGCCCAGACUGGAAGAGGAUUCUGUCCCCGAAAUGGACUUGACUGUGCUGAGACGUAGAACAAUGGCGGCAGCUGCAGAGAGACGCAUGCAAAACCAGCAAGACGCAGCGCCCUGAAACCUGCUUUACUAAAGCCGGAGAGCCCAUCACCUCAUCAUCCCGAGAGGCAACAACAGUUAUUUCAGCCUUGACCCAUUCGGUGUUGUCGGUGGUCAUCAC